UUCUUCAACCUCAAACCAUACUCAAAGAGUGCUGAAAAUGGGACACAAGUGUAUCUCUAAACCUUCACCGUUACAAACACUCAUCCUCUCCACCAUCCUCCUCUUCAUCUCCCCUACCUCUGCCAUGCCAGGGCCUGACUAUGGAGGCCACCCACGGUUCAUCUGCAUUCCCGUCCCUGCCGAUACCGACCCUGCCUGCUUCCCCUCUGGGGGGCCAGUCAUGGGGCCUAGCGGGGCAGGGCACCACGCGCCUCCUGUAGGGCCCCCGAACAAUAAUGGCUGGUGGGGAAUGACAGAGGAGGCUAAAACCACUAUUUUACACCUGAGAGAGAGCCUGGUGCAGCAGAAAGAGACCAUCCUGGAUAUGAGAGAGACCAUCAGGGAGCUGACCACCAAGCUCACCCUGUGUGAGGGCACUGGGCCGGGCAUCGGGGCUCACAACGACCACCAUGGACCUCCAUCUCAUCACGGAGGGGCUGUCAGCCAUCUGCCUUACGCUGACAAUGGUCACCAUGGCAACCAGCAGGGCCACCAUGGAAACAACAACCAUGCCUUGGAUGCAGCCGGGCACUACCCUGGGAAUGGGGGGCACCGGUUGGACAGUGGGCAUAACAACAGGGGGAAGGAUAAACACGCAACACCAGAGGAUAUGAUAUCAUCAAAAUCGCCGGAGGAACUGGGCAGGAUGCUGCAGGCCCUUAAAGAGAGAAUGGAUAACCUGCAGCAGUCACGGAACACCUCCACCACCUACUCCAGCUCUCUGAAGGAGCUCCUCCAGAGGAAGAUCAGUGCUCUGGAGCAGCAGAUGCACCACACCGCUGCUGCCCUCAGCAGCAGCCCCAAUCACCAUGACGACAGCGAUCACCACGAUGACGGGCACCAUGAAGACCACGACGAUGACGGGCAUCACGACGACAGUCACCAUGAUGAUCACCAUGACAAUGACGGGCAUCACGACGACAGUCACCAUGACGACCACCCUGAUGAUCACCGUGACGAUGGGAAACACAACAACGAGGCAGAUAGCCAUGGUUACCUGCAGAGAACGGGUUAUCGCAUACCAGGGCCCAGGGCUGGCCUGCACUCCAACAACAAACUGGACUCUCUACUGAAUAACCUGCACCAUACAGGUACCAACAGCAGGAAGAAGACCAAGACCCCUGAUGCCUUCCAGAUCGGCUUCCCCAUGAGAACCAACUACAUGUACGGGAAGGUGAAGACGACCCUCCUCCACGAGAUCUUUGCCCUCACCCUGUGUCUGUGGAUAAAGGGGGGCGCAGGCCCCGGGCUGGGGACCCCUUUCUCCUACUCUGUACCAGGACAGGCCAACGAACUGGUGCUGAUCGAGUGGGGCAACAACCCCAUGGAGCUGCUGGUGGAUGAUAAGGCAGUGACUCUGCCCCUUUCUAUCAGCGAUGGGAAGUGGCACCAUGUGUGCGUGACGUGGUCGAUGAGGGACGGUGAGUGGGAGGCGUACCAGGACGGGGUGAAGAGGGGCUCUGGGGAGAACCUGUCCGCAUGGCAUCCCAUCAAACCUGGAGGGGUCUUCAUCCUCGGACAGGAACAGGACACUCUGGGAGGUCGUUUCGACGCUACACAGGCGUUUAUGGGGGACAUCUCUGACCUCCAGAUGUGGGCUAAUGUCCUCACAGCCCAUGACAUCUACAGCCUGGCCUCCUGCAACAGCCACCUCAGCGGGGAUGUCAUCACCUGGUCCGAGAACGUGGUGGAGCUCCACGGAGGGGUCACCAAGUACCCCUUUGACCCCUGUCACUAAGGGCAACCAACUAUUAUGACAUUACCAAUGGAUCCAUAUCACACACAUACUUAAAAGUGCUCCUAUCGAAAAAGGAUUUUUUUCUGGUCCAGAGUGACUAUGAGAUCACACGGGAUAGAGGAUCCACUCCACUUAAUAUUACCACCUGACUAAAACUAUGCCUUCCUUUUAUUCUGAAAGACUGAAGUACUCCAUUCCCAGAGACUGUGUUAUGACUAUUAUGGAAUUCAAAUGUUUUGAUAAUGAAAUGGACUAUAUAUACAGUACCUUCAGAAAGUAUUCAUACCCCUUGACUUAUUCCACAUUUUGUUGUGUUACAAUGUAUUAAAUUAUAACAAAUGUUCACCCAUCUAAACAUAAUACCUCAUAAUGACAAAGUGAAAACAUGUUUUUAGAAAUGUUUGCAAAUGUAUUGAAAAUAAAAUACAGAAAUAACCAUUUACACAAAUAUUCACACCCCUGAGUUAAUUCUUUGUAGAAGCAACUUUGGCAGCGAUUACAGCUAGAGUCUUUCUGGGUAAGUCUCUAAGAGCUUUCCAGACCUGGAUUGUGCAAUAUUUUACAAUUCUUCAAGCUCUGUCAAAUUGGUUGUUGAUUAUAGACAACCAUUUUCAGGUUUUACCAUAGAUUUUCAAGUAGAGUUAAGUCAAAACCAUAACUUGACCACUCAGGAACAUUCACAUCUGCUUGGUAAGCAACUCCAGUGUAGAUUUGGUCUUGUGUUUAAGGUUAUUGUCCUGCUGAAAUGUGAAUUAAUCUCUCAGUGUCUGUUGGAAAGCAGACUGAAACAAGUUUUCCUCUAGGAUUUUGCCUGUGCUUAGAUCUAUUCCAUUUAUUUUUAAUCCUGAAAAACUCCCCAGUCCUAAAUGAUUACAAGCAUACCCAUAACAUGAUGCAGCCACCACUAUGCUUGAACAUAUGGAGAGUGGUACUCUGUAAUGUGCUGUAUUGGCUUUGCUCCAAACAUAACACUUUCUAUUCAGGACAACAAGUUAAUUGCUUUGCCACAUUUUUUAGCAGUAUUACUUUAGUGCCUUGUUGCAAACAGGAUUCAUGUUUUGGAAUAUUUUUAUUCUAUACAGGCUUCCUUCUUUUCACUCUGUCAAUUAGAUUUGCAUUGUGGUGUAACUACAAUGUUGUUGAUCCAUCCUCAAUUUUCUCCUGUCACAGCCAAAUUCACUGCUUGACUGGGAGGGACCUUACAGAUAAUUGUAUGUGUCGGGAACAGAGAUGAGGUAGUCAUUAAAAAAAUCAUGUUAAACACUAAUAUUGCACACAAUAAAGUCCAUGCAACUUAUGUGACUUUUUAAGCAAAAUUGUACUCCUGAACUUAUUUUUACUUGCCAUAACAAAGGUUUUGACUAUUUAUUGUUUUAAGACAUUUCAGAUGUAAAUUUUUUAUUAAUUUGACAUUAUUGGGUAUUGUGUGUAGGCCAUUGACAAAAAAUCUAAAUGUAAUCAAUGUUUUAUUCAGGCUGUAACACAACAAAUGUAGAAUAAGUCAAGUGGUGUGAAUACUUUCUAAAGGCACUGUAUAUGUAUCUAUUUUUCUAGCUUCUAUUUGACCCUUUAUUAGUGUUACUAAAAUGUUACUGCUGUUUUAAUGUCACAACAAGGAUAAUAUGGCAUGUUGUCAUAUAGUUGAUAAAGAUCACUAGAUAUUGUUGUUAUGGUACACAUCCUUAUAGUGGGACGGUAUAAUUGACUUUGAAAGUGGUUACAUAAGUAGGAGAGAGUGAGGUUGACCAAUGGAUUCUCUUUGAAAGAAGAUUCAUUGAAACAUACAGCUACUAUACCAAAGAAACCAAAGACAAAUUAGACUAAUUCUUUUGUUUAGUCUUUUUAUUUUUUCCCUGUUUUCCUGUGAUAUAAGUACAUUAAGUACCUUGUCUUAAAGCCUUGUUGUUACAUCCAUUUUUGGACUUAUAAAUCAAUGAUAUAUACCCAUUGAUUCUUGAAGAAUAUAACUUAGAAAUUAAUCAUGGGCUUAGUUCAAAUGUCAUACCAUAUCAGAACCCAAAAUAUAAGCUUGUUUUACUCCAAUAUUUGUAAACAAUGUAAAUGUAAACGAACACUGAUAGCCUCCAAACAUGGUUAAAACUGAUAAUGUUGAUAUCAUGGGUGGUCAGUCUUUGCAUCCACAGCUCUGUCUAUGAAUUUAAGAGUGGUUACAUUUCUCCAGGCCCAUAUCUCAGCUUUAUACCAAAACAGAGGUGGGGUGACCUCUUUGUUAUUGUUUCAAUUCAGGAUUCUAGCUUUGUGUUAUUUUUUAUUUUUUUUAUUUUUUAUUUUACCGUUAUUUUACCAGAUAAGUUGACUGAGAACACGUUCUCAUUUGCAGCAACGACCUGGGGAAUAGUUACAGGGGAGAGGAGGGGGAUGAAUGAGCCAAUUGUAAACUUAUUGCUUUGAUUUCAGAAAAAUGUUUCAAUGAUUUACCUGAGACAUGAAUUCCCAGCAAAGAAAUGUGCUUUAUGAGUCUUUAUAUGUAUACUGAACAAAAAUAUAAAUGCAACAUGCAACAAUUUCAAAGAUUUUACUGAGUCACAGUGUAUAUAAGGAAAUCAGUCAAUUGAAAGAAAUUCAUUACGCCCUAAUCUAUGGAUUUCACAUGACUGAGCAGGGGCGGAGCCAUGGGUGGGCCUAGGAGGGCAUAGGCCCACCCACUUGGGAGUCAGGUCCACCCACUGGGGAGCCAAGCACAGCCAAUCAGAAUUAGUUGUUCCCCACAAAAGGGCUUUAUUGCAGACAGAAAUACUCCUCAGCCCUCAGCGGCUUAUGGUAGAGAAACUAACAUUCAAUUCUCUGGCAACAGCUCUGUUGGACAUUCCUGCAGUCAGCAUGCCAAUUGCAUGCUCCCUCAAAAUUUGAGACAUCUGUGGCAUUGUGUUGUGACAAAACUGUACAUUUUAGAGUGGCCUUCUUUUGUCCCCAGCACAAGGUGCACCUGUGUAAUGCUCAUGCUGUUUAAUCAUCUUCUUGAUAUGCCACACCUGUCAGGUGGAUGGAUUAUCUUGGCAAAGGGGAAAUGCUCACUAACAGUGAUGUAAAAAAAUGUGUGUACAAAAUUUGAGAGAAAUAAGCUUUUUGUGCGUAUCGAACAUUUCUGGGAUCUUUUAUUUCAGCUCAUGAAACAUGGGACCAACACUUUACAUGUUGAGUUCAUAGUUUUGUUCAGUAUACAUACAACACAUUUUAAAGCUUGAUUUAAUGUAUUAUGAAUUAUGCUACGUAGGGGAGUGAAAAUGUAAGGGAGUUACCCCACAUUUCUCUUUACCUCUCUUUUUAAUGUAGGAGUCAAGUUUCACCCCUAGACCAAGAAUCAGACAAGCAACAGAUUUACGACUUUAUUUACAAUGCACUUUGUAUUUAGCAGGUAAGAACGUUCCAUUGAAAUUUAGUUCUUGUUAUUUAGUGAUAUUGAACAGCAGUGUGUGUUCAUUUGUACUACUUUAUUUGUCAAUGUAUGUACCUUUUUAUUUGAAAUUGUGUUGUUGUUUGAUGGCCAAAUUUAUAAAACAUUUCUCAAAUUCCUUUUUUAUUCAGCCUAAUAUAACAUUUGCUGUAAUAACAUUGUGGCUUUGGAAAUGUUUGAUCUGGCUGUGUUUCUAUCAGUAGACGUUGUCUGUGAAUACUGCACACUUAUCAGAAACGAUUUGAUACUAUUUGUAAAUAAAAACCUUGAU